AUGGCGUGCAGCCACCGUGACACCGGCUACCGCAGCCUGGGGGUCGACGAGGACGAGGAAGAACUGCAUAAUGCGGAGCCUACCUUGAUCUCGGAGACUGUAACCGGAGAGGAGGAGGCUACGCUGUCCGAACCUGAGCCCGGAGAAGCAGCAGCAGCAGACUACUUUGAUGCGGUCGGUCCCAACUUCUUGGAUGAAAACCGUGUGGGCGGCGGCGGUCUUGAGCCCCCGCAGCAGCAGGAGGAGCUGGCCGCCCUGGCCGCUGAGGGGCCACAGAUGGUACCGAGAAACCUGCGCCGCAACCGUACGGUGUUCACCGUCUUGCAGCUGCGGGAGCUGGAGAGAACUUUCCAGCGCAAUCGUUACCCCGACGUGUUCGCGCGAGAGGUGAUUGCAAGACGCUUGAAUUUGCCUGAAGCCAUAGUGCAGGUUUGGUUUCAGAACAGAAGGGCCAAGUGGAGAAGACAACAGAGGGCACUGAUGUUCAGAAAUCUGAUCCCCAUUGCCUUGCGCCCCCAUGUGGGGAUAAUCUUGAAUGGGCCCUAUCAGGCUGCCACACGGGCCACCACCUCUGCCACCUGGGCCACCACCUCUGCCACCCGGGCCACCAUUUCUGCCACCCGGGAUGCCACCCAUGCCACCCGGGAUGCCACCCAUGCCACCUGGGAUGCCUUUGCCACCCCUACCACCUGUGCCUCCCUUUGCUGUGGCCCCUGUUCCUCAAUGGCUGUAAGUCCUCUUGGAACUACAGGAUCUGUACAGAUUGAAGCUCCAGGACCCCAUACAGCCUUGCCACCCUGA